GCGAAGGUGUUCUGCCAUUUUAUUUGAAUGGGAUGAUCAUCUUAAAACUGGUGUUGUGUUGACGACGGCACAUCUAAUCCGCUCAAAUUGCCCAUCCAUUGACCACUGGUUAGGAAAGAACGAGUACAUGCCUGAUGCUAAGGUGGUUGUUCAUUUUUUAGAUGAUACAACUGCAGAGGGUGACCUCUUGUACCAUCAAGAACACUAUGAUAUUGCUUUUUUCAAAGUUAAAGUCGGUCAAUGCCCCCAACUGCCUUUGUUUGUUGACAAUGUGAAAUCCGGUCAAGAAAUUUUCCAGCUUGGAAGAGAUGAGAAGUUGAACCUGAGAAUAACCUAUGGCAGGGCACAAUCUAAGAAUCCAAACAUGUAUCGAAGACAACACUUCAUGUACAUGCAUCGUAAAGAUGAUAACAAUGAGUUUGAUGAUGGAGGGCCAGCAAUUGACUUCAGUGCAAAUAUUGUUGGCAUGAUCAACAACUCUACGAGCGGAUCUUUCAUACCUACUUCUAUCUUGCACCAAUGCUUCUACUUCUGGAGGAAUCAUGGGCGCAUCCCUCGGCUCCACCUCAGAUUGAAGCUUUUCGCUAUCAAGCUUCUAGACCCUUCUCAUAUUGAGAGGAUAAGGCGAAAAUGCAAAAUUGAUAGUGGUCUUAUUGUUCAAGAGGUGUCAAGUGGGUCCCAUGCUGAGAUGCUUGGAAUCUGUAGAGGUGAUAUUAUCAGCUGUUUUGAGGGAGAGGAAGUUUCUACUACAGUCGAGUUGGAGAAAAUGAUGUUGGAUGUUUGCAAGAAUCGUUUUAUGGGAGGAAUAAACUGGAAUAGAAAAGUGGAUGUUUCGGUUUUGGUUUUCGACAUCCGGAGGAGUCACUGGAGGACCAAGGUGUUGACUCUAGAUGUUUCUGACAAGGGAGAAGUUAUCGUGAGAGCAUCUCGUCUCGUGACUGUUUAAAA